CGUAUUACAGUGGAUAAUUAUAUAUAUCCAGUCCUAUCCAAUCGCAAGCCUCCCCUUCCCCUUCCCCCCGUCCCCCCUCUCUCUGUGCUCUCACUGCUGUCUCUUUCUCAGUUUAUCUGUAUCUGACAUUGAUGAACUUGAACCCGAAAAUUGAACCCGAUACUGCAAAUCUCAACCAACCCUUUCCGGGUUUUUCUUCCAAUCACCAGUAUAAAUCAAGAUUUUGAGAGAGAAGAGAAGACAACCUCUGCAGCUGUAAGCUUCCUUCCUUCCUUCCCUCCCUUCAUUCUCCCUCUUCUGGCAGCUUUUGCUCUGUCAAGCCUUUGCCUGCUCAAUCAGAAAGGUUGCUCCUUUUGUCGGCCCCUAUUAAAGAAUUCCAUUCAUGGCGGUUUUCACGUACAAGUUCACUGAACUGUGUGCCCUUCGCCCCCUUUUCCUUGGAAGCCUUCUAAUCAUUUUAAAUGAGGAUGGGAUGGCCCCCAAGUUGAGAGAUUCAAUGCAAUGCACCUAUGCAUACAAUACACAAUGCUGAGGGUAAAUCUUUGUAAGGCUCGUAGUCCUUUAUGGUAGCUAAAUGGAUAGCGGAGAAACGAAACGGGUGCGGGGAUAUGGUAAGCCUCCGUGGAUAUUCAGAGGCAGAGCACUGUACCAGCUCCACCUCGUAAAAGCAGAAACAGCACGAGCUUUGAUCCCAAAGGAAUUCAGACUAGUCGAAGCUUUCGGGUAUACUCUUGGCGGUUUCUUUCUCGCUAGCUAUGAAGAUAGUCCAGCCGGAGUCUUCGAUGAGCUGGUGGUGAUUGCAGGAACUGUAUGGAACCCACCAACAUCUUGCGCUUGGGCAGCAAAGGUGCUCGUGAACAGUGACGAAGCUUGCGAACAUGGGCGGAAGGACGUGGGACUUCCGAGUCAAGUUGCAACCUUUUCAAAGAGACUGACUCCAGCUCCGCAGCAACCUCCCAAGAGAAAGAAUCGAUUUCUAAGCAUACUCGGCUUUGGUGGUGCCAGUGCAACUAACCAGAUGGAGGUCUCGGUGUCCGAAAUGAAUAGUCCAGCAAGUGCAGAUCCAUGUCAUAUCAACCUCACAACUUUCGUGCCUGCUGAGAGAGUCAACAAGUGGAGAGGGCCUGCAGUAAAGCUGUGGCUUCCGAGUUUUAGUGGUCGGACUAAUUACAAUCUCAACCUCCUCAAAUACAAUUGCCAGAUCGACUGCAGAGUCCGAGCAGUCAGUCCACUGAAAGUAACCAAGCUCUCCUCUCACAUGGGAGACAUCACAAGGGAACAAGAAGAUCAUGAGUGCAGAAGUUCCGGUGUCGCGGAAUCUGGAAGACUGGAUUCAAUGGAGAAUGAGCAGAACCUCAGCUUAUCAGUGAUGCUGUCCAAGCCCAUAUUGGCAUUGGAGUUCAGUUGCCUGAAGAUGCAGGUCGAAGCUCCUGUUGUAAUAUCCCACUGCACAAAAUCCCCUCUGAGAUAUUCUUAGUUCGAUUCUUUCAUGUAUGUUCUUUUGAUACGAUAUUGCUCUAAAUAAGUUGAUGCUGAGGCCUUUGUCAUCUCGACCGUCUUUCUUAGUUAA